AAUAAUGCCCCCCAAAAAAAUUCCAAGUAUUUUAUUAUUAAAUAUUUAUGAAUAUAAAUUCAAUAAAAACAAUAUUUAAGAGAGAGAAGCACUAUUCAUCGUCUCUGUGCAUGAUCGUACGUACAUACCAUACCACCUUCCAAAAAAGGGUCUCUCUACAUUUUCCCAUUUCUGAAACACAUUUCACUCUCAAUCUGAAUCAAGCUUAGUUUUCAGCGUUAACAUGAAUCCCAACGACGAUAGUCAAAUUUCUGGGCAGGUUAAUUUUGGCGGCAAAAUUGCAUAUGAUCACCGUCCCCAGCCACGAAACCCUAAUCACCAACAACCCUUUUCAGACCAUGGCUUCAAGAGACCGAGGCCGAGAACUCCCCUUACAGUAAAUAGGUCAAAGCUCUCGAUUCCUUACAAAUCAGAAAUGUGCAAUCUGUUCCAAAUGGGCAAGUGUUACUACGGCGAAAACUGCCAUUUUGCUCAUAAUCUGCGUCAACUCAGAGGGUUGGAAGGCGUGGCGAUGGCGGAGCCCUUUAGUGAGAGAAGGCGUUUCUUUUCUGGUGGAAGGGGUUGCAUCUAUCAUCCUUAUCAGAGUGUUGGGAGAGAUGAUGGUGGCUUGAACAGAGAGAGCGGUAGAGGCGGAGGAGAUUCGAUUGAGUGCAGAGGUUUGAGUGGCAGAUGGCAUUAUAAGACGAAGCUUUGUGCCAGGUGGUUGGAGAGAUUUGGCAGCUGCCCUUAUGGGGAGAAGUGUACCUAUGCUCAUGGGAAAGAAGAACUUCAACUGCCUGGUUACUAUGCAGAGCUGGUAAGGAGGCGUGAUUCCAGGUCGAUGCUUGAUUCACUACCCACCUUUGCAGGAUUAUGUAAGAUGGGAAUCGAGACUGCUAAGGAGGAAGGCGGAGUCCAUGUCAUGAAGUGGGACAUUGAAAAGAUCAGUGAAGUCUAUGCUGAUUGGGUGGGAGUCGGGCACGAUUUCCAUGUCUCGUUGAGUGCAGUUGGGAGAUAGAUUCAGGCGUGCACAUAUCCCUUGUUAAUGUGCCAUGGAAAAGAUAGGAAAACCCCAUUUUGUUAAUCCAGAUGCUAGAAGCAAAAUGUUUGUUGCAGCCUGUCUUAAUCAAGAUGCCUUUUGCUUUCAGUUUUUUUGUAGUAGCUCAUGUAAUUCUGAUAACAUUUGCAAUGGGAGGAAUGCAUACAUUUUGCAGAGUUUAAA